CUUCAUCAAUCACCUCGACCCCAUACGAUCUUGACUCUCUCGCCUAUCUCUCUCUCAUCGUCCAGUUUUCCCAUCACAAAUCACUCCCCUUACUACUUUCACCAACAACGACAACCACCAAAAAUCAAAUCGUCUCUCAACCAAUCCAAUCGUCCCUUCGCUACACGUUUCACCAACACACCUACCGAAAUUCAUAUCUUGACCUCGGUCUUCCGACUUCGUAUUUAAUACCGCACAGAUCCGGCGUACAGUAGACCGUCAUUAAAAACCUCCCCGCCAUACACCCAAGCAAAUUGGAGCACCCAAAGCGAGAACAGAGGACACGUCCAUUAACCAUCAGCAAUCAUGUCGCAAUACUAUCACUACAACACGCACCAACAACAUCCCACACAGGCUACCGCCUCAGGUCACCAUGGUGGUCGGAACCGCCGGCAGCCGAGGCUGUCGGUAUCGCAAAACCAAACACACAAGCAGUUUCGAGGUGUGCGGAGCAUGAAGGAACUGCCUACCGAGUCGCCAUCCGUCUCGAGCUUCCGCCGGACCUAUGAGCUCGGUCGGAGUUUCGACCUGGACGACGACCUCGACUUUGUGCCUGGCCUCAUCACCGAGAGUGACUUGGCUUACAGCAGCAGCUCUGAGCGAUCCUCCCUUGCCAGCAACUCCCCAGCCGGCUCUCCUACCCAACAACCUCAGGUGGUCGCCACUACUUAUCAACUCAAUUCGAACUCGCCUGCCUUCAUGCCAUCCUACCAGUCUCCUCACUCCUCCCUGAAGCUUCAUCAACCUGCCGCCACUCGCACCCGCAACGCCAUCCCCAUCAUCAACCCUGCCAAUGGUCAAGGUCUAACCAUGCCAAGCCCACCACAAUCGGUCUCGCCCUCGGUCCGGAUGCAGCAGAGCCUUCGCCACAGGUGGUAG